UUGGUGUUAAUGCAGCUGAUGCUGCUGCACCACAGUAAACUACUCCAGCCAGAUUUUGUUCCCUGAUUUCUCAGAACGGGCUGAUCAAGUCGUAAAAUGAUGAUGUUUCGAAAUCUCGAAUUUCCACUCGAAUAGGGCGAAUUUAUUAUUUACCGUCACUCUGUCAGUUCCUUUUUCGGGGUGCAUAUUUCAGUUCAUUUAGUAAAGGCUACAGAGCUUAGAAGUUCCUAGGGUAAUCUUUUGGAGCUUAAACCGUAAACGCCAAGCGGAUCCUUUUUUGGUCAAAGACUUUUCCGAUUCGAAAUGGAUCCACCGACGCAGCUUCCAGUCCAUCGCUCCCUAAGCAAUCCCGCGGCGGAAAACUCCGAAUCGUCACCUGUGCCUCCGUCGCCCAUUCCCGAUGAACACAUCAUGCUAACCAACGAAGAAGCCACUCUGUGCAAACUGGAUGCCAUCAAAAUGGGCUAUUGGAAGGAUCCCUACUUGCCGCAGUUCGUGCAUGGAUCAUUCCGUCACGAACGCAAAGCACCGGACAUGUACAAGGGCUACUAUGCCCGUGUGAAAUGUGUGGAACGCCUUGUUCUGGACUUCGUCCAUGCUGUGAUUAAGGACAACAAGGCAGAGAUUCCCGUCGUGCAAAUUGUUAAUUUGGGAGCAGGAUACGAUACGCUGUACUGGCGGCUGAAAUCCAACGAAAAACUGUGCAAUCAGGUGAGGAUCAAAGUGGUCGAUCUGGAUCUACUUCCGGUGACGAUAAAAAAAUAUCAUGCCAUUAAGACGCACAAACAGCUCAGCAGUCUGCUCACAGGAGAGUGGAAAGAAGGAGAACUUCCACAAGGUGAACUACACACAGGCGACUAUGAUCUGAUUUCCGCCGAUAUACGGGACACCCUUAACAUUGAGCGCAAAUUGAUGGCAGCAUGCAAAUUGGAUCCCAAGCGUCCCACGUUGUUUAUUGCCGAGUGCGUAUUGAUUUACAUGAACACAGGCAGCACCAAGCAGCUGCUAACAUGGAUCGCUGAGACCUUCGAGACGGCCUGCUUUAUUAAUUAUGAGCAAGUCAACAUGUCGGACAAUUUCGGACAGAUCAUGUACAAUUCCCUCAAAGAACAGGGCUGCGUCUUGGCUGACGCCGAUAGCUGCAAGAGUCUGAAAUUCCAUGAAGAGCGCUUCGUGAAAACUGGAUGGACGAAAGCCAGCGCGGCUGAUAUGAAUGCUAUGUGCAGUUCGCUUCCGAGGGCAGAAAUUGAAAGGAUCGAUCGGAUAGCCAUGAUCGAUGAGCCGGACGUUCUCCAGCAACUGUUUAAUCACUACUGCAUUGCCUGGGCUUACAAGGGUGCGGUGGGGACCGAGCUGGAAAAAGUCAGACUGCUUUAACCAGUAUUGUGGUGAGAAAUGUGCUCUUUUAUUGGUUCUGUGCAUGUCAUGAAUGUUUUAUUUUGGAUUUUUAUUUUCGCUCUUUUUGAAAACCUGGAUUGGUUUCCAUUUGCGUUCUCUUGAACCCAGUGAUAGAGUGCAGUUACAAGAACGCACUAGUUUUUUAUUUCUGGACAUGUUGGUUAAUCUUUUGCAGCGCUUCUGUUAAUACGUAUAAUAAAUGAGUUUUAAAGUCGAGCGAAAA